AUUUCUUGCCCAACUAAUAAUAAUGCGGUUCUUUAUCCAAUUUGUCUUGGUAUAAAAACAAUAACUACAAUAAAUCAACGUAAUUUUAUAAUUACAGUAGUUCAGGAUGGUUUUGAACCCAGAUAUUUAUAUCAAUCUGAAGCUCUACAAAGUAAUAUAUGUAAAAGUUCAUCAGCAGCAGCUACCUCCAUAUAUCAACAAGCUUUUUUUAUGAAAACCAAAUUAGAUAGUCUUUUGGUUAUGGGAUUUGAUGAUCUGGAAAUAUACAAAUCAUUACUUUAUGAUAUUUAA